GGGUCCAUCCUUGGUCUAUGGUCUGUCUGUCAUGUUCCCUCUCUCUCUCUCUCUCUCUCCCUCUCUCUCUCUCUCUCAGUGACUCAGGGAGAGGGAGCGCUCAGGGCCGUACUGGCGGAAUGCUCUGAGAGCUGAAUUCUGCGCCGUUUAAUCACUGAUCGGGGUGAGAAGGUGGAAGAGAAGGUGGAAAUGGCUUCUAAAGACAUCCCUGCUCCGUGUUUCCCCAGCUUAUCCAGAGACCUUACAGACAGCAUCAGGAAGUUUGUUGACAAGUCUACGAUCAAGUUCGCUCGAGGUGUCAAGCUUGAAACCAAAAAUGGCAAAUCGGAAGACAGGAUUCUGGUCAUCACCACAUGGAGACUGUAUCUUAUGGCGUCAAAGGUGCCAACUAAGGUGGAAGUCACGUUUAAUUUCCUGGAAAUCCGAGCCAUGAACACGCACCCGGAGAUGCAAGUUGUCAUAGAAACCGACAAGUCUACCUAUUCCCUCAGGCUGCAGUCACGUGACCACCGCGAUCAUGUGAUCAACCACAUCAACUUUGCCUUGUCACGGAUAUUCAACAACUCGGUGUUUGCUCCUUCGCUCUGUCACUCAGACAGUGAUUUGUCAGAUGGAAGUAGGAAGUACUCUCCGAGCUCAGACACAUCAGUGGAGACACAGAGAGCUUGUGGUGGCUUCUCAGAGACAUAUGCUGCUCUCUGUGAUUACAAUGGUAUCAGCUGCAAAGAAGAGGUGCAGUGGGAUGUGGAUACCAUCUAUCAUUCUCAAGACAACCGUGAGUUCAAUCUACUGGACUUCAGUCACUUGGAGAGUAGAGAUCUUGCAGUAAUUGUUGCAUCCAUGGCCUACAACACAUGGUUCACCAAACUCUACUGCAAAGACAUGCGCAUCGGGUCAGAGGUCACGGAGCAGGUCUUACACACGCUCAGUAAGUCCUCCAGUCUGGAAGAGCUGACGCUGGAGAACGCAGGACUCAAAUCUGACUUUCCUCAGAAGAUGUCCGUUGCGCUGUCGGAGAAUCCAGCGUCGGUGAUUCACUCUCUCAAUUUGGCACAUAACACCUUGGACAACCAAGGUGUGUGCAAUUUGAUCCAGCAGGUGUGUCGUCUUAGCAAAGGACUCCGUCUCCUUAAUCUGUCCAAAACGUCUCUCUCGUCCAAAGGUGUGGUGUCUCUCUCUCAGGCUCUUUGCUCUAAUGAUGAUUACUCAAACUCGCUCCUGCAUCUGGACCUGAGCAAGAACCCGGGCGUACUGUCUGGAGAGGACGCAACGCAUCUGCAUAUGUUCCUGUCGCAGCCCAACUGUUUAGUACACUUGGACCUAUCAGGCACAGACUGCUGCGUGGACUCGCUGUUUGGGGCUCUGCUCCGGGGCUGCUGUGCUGACCUUUCUUACCUCAACCUCUCCAAAAACUCCUUUGCUCACAGGAAGGUGAAAGAGACUCUGCCGUUGUUCCGUCAGUUCUUCAGCUCUGCGUUCAGUCUCACACACGUCAGUUUGGCCUCCAUGAAGCUGCCGCCGGAAGCCCUCAGAAAUUUGUUCUUAGGUCUGACCAACAACCCUCAUAUCAACGACAUGCAUCUUGACAUCAGCAGCUGCGAGCUACGAUCAGCUGGAGCGGCUGUUAUACAGGACUUGUUUCCCCGAGUCAUGUCCAUCGCUACGCUGGACAUCUCAGACAACGGGUUUGAUGCGGACCUGCUGACUGUGUUUACUGGUCUGUCCAGACAUCCUUCGCUCAGACACCUCCACCUGGGCAAGAACUUUAACAUCAAGAGCAAGGUGUUGGAUGAGAUUCUGCACAAAUUGGUCCAACUAAUACAGGAGGAAGAGUGUGUUCUGCAGUCUCUGUCCCUGGUGGACUCUCGUUUGCGUUCACGUGGCACAGUCCUGGUGAACGCUCUGGGCAGCAACGCCUGCCUCAGGAAAGUGGACCUAAGUGGGAAUGGGUUGGAGGACAUUGGCGCAAAAAUGCUCAGCAAAGCUCUGCAGAUCAACACCACUCUACGGAGUGUGACCUGGGACCGGAACAACACCACCGCUGCAGGAUUCAUGGACGUAGCACGAGCUCUAGAACAUAAUUUCACUUUGCAGUACAUGCCUAUCCCCCUGAGUGAUGUCACUCAAGCCUAUCGAAGUGCCCCAGAAAAGACAGAACAGGCGCUUACGAAGAUUCAGAGAGCUUUACUGAGGAAUAAUCAAACACAACGCUUCUCCCAGAGGCAAGCACUACGCUUACACCAAGGCUUAGUGACCAGCACUGCUGAGCAGGUGAUGGAGCGGUUGUGUGUACGGGUGCAGCAGCAGGUGUGUGUUCUCCGAGGUGUGGCAGACACGGAGGAACUUCAGGCGGCUAAACAGGUCCUGAAGGAGGCUCGCAACUCUCGUGCGCUCUACCCAUCACUGUGCGAGUUGGCUCAUGUUCUCUCGGUUGAUGGACCGGUCAGACAGAGACUAGACUCACUGGCUGGGGAACUGGCCAAGGCUGCAGAUAAAGAGCUGCAGGUGAUCGUGGACUCGAUGGUGUCUCUGUGCCGGGAGCUGUGUCCGCUGUCCUCCGUGGCGGCAGAGCGACUGAGUCCUCCUCUGUCAUCUGUUUCAGAACGAGUGUCGAUCCCUCGUUCGGCUAUCCGCACUGCGCUGAUGGAGAGAGCAGCGCAGGACAUUCAUCGGGCGCUAGAGGAGGUUAAGCUGUCCGUGGUGUCGUAUCUCACCAACUCUAUCGUGGAUCAGAUCUUACAGGAGCUCUACUCUACACACAAAGCUCUGACGCAGCAGGUGUCUCAGGUCAAACAGUGGGAUGGCCUGUGUGAUGGCGGUACAGGUCGAAGGUCACACAGACACAGAGACUCACUCGAGAUCACUGAUGAGGAGCUGGGCACGAGUAUUGACACGAUUGCCAUUAAGAAGCGCAGUUCCAGGACCAGACGAAUCCGACCUGUAUCCACUAGACUGAGCUUGUGCGAUGACUCCAGCUCGUCUCCUCCCACCUCAGGUGCUCAACUCUCCUCGCCCCUCUCUCGCUCGGCAUCAUGGGAGGGCCUGUCAGCCUUGCCAACCCAGGGUGCACCUCUGCAUCAUGUGACACGGGUCAGGCCGAGGCCACCGCGAAGGCACAGAGGAGGCAUCCUUUCAUCCGACUCGCACUGUACUGAAAAUGGAUCUGUCACUCCAUUGGAUGAUGGACUGCCUGAUUUUUACAGCAAGCGAGUUCUACCUGAUAGUCAGUUAUCCUCUCUUCACAAGGCCCACUCCCUCCGACGAAAGAAGAGACGCAACAUGCUGGCUAUCUUCGGUUUCCGUAGGAACCGGAAUUCCACACUGUCCAAUCAGGAGUCGGAUUCAGUGGGUGUAGCCUGUAGCGAGGAUUGUCGGACCGUUGCCACGGCUCCCACUGGGAAUGCCCUUGAGAAUGUCUACACUCUUCUCCAGCCCCCCAGGAUACCUGGUAGAGGUGGCUGCCCAGGUGAAGCUGAUGGGAAAGUAGAGGACCAGAAAAUGGACGAGGCCAGAGUAGGGAUGAUGGAGAUACGAUCUGUCCAGGGAAUGCCACUGUCCACAUUCAGGACAAACAAACACCCCUUUUACACUGGCAAAAUGAAAUCGGAAAUGGAGCCUGACCAUGACCCAUCCUCAGGAACAGCUGACAGAGAGAUCGACAGGCAGACAUUACGUCCAGGAGACAGACAGACAAGCUGGGAGGCAGAGAGGCAAAGACAAAUCGACAGAGAGCUUGAGUGGCAAAAUCUCAGGAAAUCUGAGAGUGAGACAGAUGGGCAAACUCUGAGACACAUAAACAGAGAACUGGAAAGGCAAGCGUCAAGGCAGACAGACAAAGCCUCAGAGAGAGAAGCAGACAGGCAGACCCUGAGGAAGACGGAAAAGGAGCUAGACAGACCAACGUCAAGGCAGAUAGAUAAGCCUGCUGAGAGAGAGUUAGACAGACACACUUUGAGACAGAUCGACAGGGAGCUAGACAGGCAGACCCUGUGGAAGGCAGAGAGAGAGUUAGACAGACAGGCUCUGAGACAGAUAGACCGAGAGUUAGACAGGCAAAGUCUAUGGAGGGCAGACAGGCAUUCAGAGAGGGAGUUGGACAGACACACGCUGAGGCAGAUCGACAGGCAGGCCGAGGCUCAACAGAAACAGUGGUUAGAUACGCGAAAAGGGGCAGAGAGGAAGUGGGCGGAGCCAAAACAGCAGACGGACACGCAGUGGACAGACCUAAGGCAGGUGGACAGGCAGUCUGAGAGGCAGUGGAUGGACAGACAGAUAGACAGACAUACACACGGGCAGCACAGGAUGCCAUCCCCCAUUGCUGAGAAGGAAAUCUGCACAGAUGCAGAUAAGCGAAUUCACUGUGAAGCAUCUAUAAUUACAGACACACACUCUGAUUCAGGCUCCUGGGAGCAGCCGAUGGAAAGAAGCCCACCCUCAGAUCUACAAAUGGAACACCGGACUGAGCCAUGUCCAUCAGACGAGAGAUGUAGGGGGAUAAGCGCCAGAGGGACAUCAGUGGGGCGUCUCAUACUGUGCCAAUCCAAACCAGAGCCACCUCCGCAGAGCAGCAAGCCCAGCUUAGCCAAACUCAGACAGAGACCUCUGCAGGAGAGCUCAGGUACUGAGGAUGAACUUGGAGAGAACAAUAGUUUCCGAGUGGAAAGGAAAGACAAAGAUGGAGGGAUGGAGCGAGUAAGAGAAACAGAUGCACACCAUCCUCCAAUACCAGCAAAGCCAAAGACUUCUCCGUAUGUGCUCUCACCCACCGAAUCAACCAGUGAUAGGAAGAUCCUGCCAGCUACACCCCCAGCCUCCACAAAACCUACCUUAGGGCUGACUGAACGGUCCCAUACUCAAGGUGAGGAGUGUGUGAGACCGCAGGCUCCAGUCAAACCACAGAGGAACAGAAAAGCUCUGUCCUGUGACACAGGCACAGACAGGGACAGCCCUAAUAACCUGGAGAAGCCCCCAAUCCCUCGCAACCCCCCUGUGAAAAAACCUAGAGCCCCCCAGAACAGAAACCAAUCCCUGGACCACCCUGAUAGUGUUGGAGCGUUGCCUGGUAACAGUGAGCCCUUGUGACCACUUACCCACUGAUGGCUGACCAGGAGGUUGUCAUGACAACAGGGAUGAUGAUGAUGAUGAUGAUGACGACGAUGACGACGACGACGACAAUGAUGAUGAUGAUGAUGAUGUUGAUGGUGAUGACGAUGAUUGUGACCAAACACUCUUAGAAUCAAGAUCAAAUAAAAUAAAAUAAAAUAAAAUAAAAGGUGUGAUUGCACCGAGAUCAGAACUGUGAGACUAACCCCAAAAAGAAUGUAGGAAACGCUGGCGAUAGCAUUUAUGUAAAGCGAUAUGCACUCGAGACAUGUAUGAAUGUGUACUCGCAGUUUUUUUUUUGUUUUUUUUUACAUGCAUCGCUAUCUUUGUCACACUGAACGGUGUCUCAUAUAAAAGAUUUUAACAAUUUUCAGAAUUAUAUGUUGACUAAAAUGCUUGCAACUCAAAUGCUAGCUUACUAUUGCUAGGGGGCCAAGCACCAAAAAUAAUGAUUUAUUAUUAUUAUUAGUAUUAUUAUUAUUAUUUAAUACCAAAAAAGAAUAACAAUAAUAAUUGAUAUUUUCUUUCAUUUUUUUUACAGCUGUGUUUACUUGAAAUGGAAAAAAUAUAUUUGUAUUUGUUUAUUAAAAAAAAACUAUAGAUAUUACGUAGUUUGCGCUCACAGAUUAUGUCUAUGACCGCUAUUAGCAUUCUUUGCUAUGGGAUUUGAUUUGUUGAUAUUUAUGCCUAUCUGCUUUCCUGAGCUGAUGUCUAAUAUAUUUUGUACAAAAUGAGGAAGUUAUAUAUAUAUAUAUGAAUUAAAGACUUAAGUUGGGAAUCCUAAGAGUAUAUCAUUGUUUCUGGCUAGCACUCAUGGGUAAGAAACAUAUUAGGUAUGUUAUUUAUACAUUUAACUUGUUCAUCAUCAGAAUAAUAAGGCAUAAAUAGUGAUUGAUAUGCAAACUGAUUGGUUUAAAUGAGAUAUAUUUAAAAGACGAAUAAUGUAUAUAAUGAUCAUGAAGACUUGUGCUUGUUUCAGAUACUGUAGAAAAUCCAGGGCUUCCCCUACACUGUACAGGAAAUAUCUGCAUUCAUAAAAAAGAGGGUUCUUCAUAGCAUUUUUUAUAGAUAAGGGUUCCUAAAGGAUUCUAGUUUAGAAGUGUUCUGUGCCUGUUACAAUAGUGCCUACAGUAAUCCUGAAUCAGUUGAGCAAAGAGUUAAAUUAACUCUAUAGUUGGGCAAGGUGAAUAACACAACCACAAGGGAAAAGUAAGAGUAUCUUCAUCAAACAUAACGGAAAGUCAAAUCCCCAUAAGCAGUCUAGCUCACUUGGCCAACGUAUGUUUAAGGUGCUCAACAUGGACCAAACUAGGUUCUCUGAGGUAUUGAAUUUUGUACACCUUAUGUACACCUUCCACUUUUCUGGUAAUUUAGUAGCAAACCUAGCAUCAGCCUGAGGCAAACCAGAACCUACUGCCUCUGGAUGCACUGGUAUGCCAGUGCUCUGGAUUAGGUGGCUGGCUCUAGAGGUCCCUUGAGUUUUCUCCCCAGAGCCAGCUCAGCAAGUGUGAAACCAAUGCUUUCCUGUCAUGCAGUCUUAACAGCAAAUCAGAACUCUGGUCCCAUAAGCAAUAAUACAGGCAAUCAUAGUUUUAGGGUCCGAUUGAUGCAUUUGGUUAAAUUGGUUUGUGAAUGGUAGGCAGCAGCUAGUCUUUGAACAAGGCCUUGAUAGGCUGGUGUACCCAAUCAUGUGAAGAUCCUUGAUGAGGAUCUGGGCUAUCUGUUGAGCUUUAGUCGUAUGAAAGGGGGCACAUCUUAUACCACUUGGUGCAAUAAUCCACAACCACCAUUAGGUGUUCAUUUUCACGUCUAGUUUUUAGUGGAUCCAUAAGAUCAAUAUUCAAUAUAUACCCAUGCUCUCUCUCCCCUCUGAUAAUCACACUAGCUGAUCGUACGUCUAUGAGCUUAUAUAUGCGGAAGAGGGCAGACAGUUCUUUCCUCUGAGUGUGCUACACUGCCCAGUGACACAGCAUGAGCAGCAGUUGGCUUCAUGUGUCUCUGAGGAAGCAUACAUAUGUUGUUUGUUGGGAUGGGGGGAGUGUUGGAUUGGCAGAUAACAUCAUGGGCAUACUGUAAAAAAAAUGCUUUCUAAAACUAUGUUGGUACCAAGACUUGCAAGGUCUGACCCUGCUGUAGGUCUGAUACUGAGCAAAACAAAACUUGGAUCUUUAAUUGCUAGUCGAUUAUCUUAGUACAUGGGUCUUUUUUUGUGGCCUUUCCAUUAAGAGUAAAGAAAUGUCUGAUUCUUGUAUCUAUGUCAGUAGCUAUUUCAGCCCAGUCCACUGGAAGGUCAUGAAAUGGUUUGACGGCCCAUAGUGUUUAGCAGUGACACAGGUCGAAACCAAGUUUUGAAAUGUUGUCCUUCCAGAUACACUCUCAUUUAUAUUUGUUACAUUUACAGCAAUGGGCAGAUCCCUAAUCCAGAACUACUUACAAAAUUUCUUUGUAGUGUCCAUCAAAAACAUAUUCUCAUGUUUGAACAAAUAGGGCAUGAUCUAAGGAUACUAAAACCUUGUUAGAGAGGAGUUAGUACAGCUCCCCGAUUUUUCAAUAUCCCACAUUACUGCUAGAUUGUAGUUCUUUUCUGUAGUUCUUCCUCCAAAAUCCUGGAUGCACAGGCAAUGACGUAUUCUUAUUCAUUCACCUCUUAAGUGAUUAUGACCCCUAGUCCAUGAUAACUGUCUGGACCUGAAAGGUUCUGGUGAAAUCUGGUAGAAUCAGUACAGGGGCUGUUGUCAAAGCCUGUUUAACGUCCUCAAAUUACCCCAUAAAAUUCUGCACUUCCUUGAUAGGUCCAGGUAAGACCCACACUGAAUCUACUUUGUUGGCCCAGUUCGUAUGCCAUCUCCGGAAAGCCGUGGUUCAAAAAGGGUUACUUGAGGGUAAGGGUAAGGUUGAGGGUAAGUCCUGCAUUAUGGAGACAUUCAAACACUUCUUGAAAGUGGACAAAGUGCUGUUUGGAAUUUUCUCUUAACUUUGCUCAGGACUUGUCUCCACCAGACACUGGAAGGAAGAUGUGGCAUUUUUUGAGGCAAUGGGAAGAACAGAAAACUCAAACAACCCUUGACAGAUUGGAGGCAGUAAUGCAUGCACAGUUGUGGACCAAAAGCGGUUCAAAAAUCCCACCUUGUCAAUGGAUUUUGAGUGGAACCUGCGCUUUUGUGACGUCCCACCCAAGUCAAUAAAGUGCAUAAGUUUAUGAAAAUUGGAACAGUGUGCAAAUGUUGAAAAAUGGGCAAAUAGACAAACACCAACAUAA